CAUCAAUAAUAUUUAAUGGACAUAGAAGGUGAAGUUCCUUUUCAACAGAAUAAUCAGAUGUCUGCUCCUGAAAUAGGGAGGAGUCAUACGGAAGAAGAUGAAGAAGGCCCCUUAAUAAAUUAUGAUCCUCAUCUUGUCCAGGAGAGACAAAGACACCAGCCUGGGUUGCUCCAGGUGAUCCUUGAUUAUACGAUUUAUCCGAUAGGCAGAGGUAUCAAAUAUAUUAUCCCCAAUUUUAUCAAGAGAGGGAUCACUGAUCUUUUCAGAUCACAACUCCCAGGUGAAAAGUUUCUGGAAAAUUUGAAAGAUGAUGACGUAUUUACUGAUGAGUUUGUUGAAACAGAAAAUUUGUUUGCAAUUUGGCAGAUUAACACCUUCAAGAAUGCAGUAUUCGCAGCUCACUUCAAGAGGAAACCGAUCUUGUUUAUUAUGGCAGAUCUCAUGAAUGACGAAAGCUUGGAAAUCCUUCAGGCUAUUUUCCAUGACGAAGAAACCCUAAAAAUUAUUAGUUCUAAUUUUAUCGUUUUUGGUGUAGAAUAUGGGAAUACUGAAGGAGAUAACUUAGCACUAGAAUUCGACAUCAGAAUCAGUCCUCAUUUCGGAAUAAUAAUGGCUAAAUCAGAUACUGAAUAUGACGAUAUUGCUUGCUUCAACGACGCUAAUGUAGAAAUCGAGGGUUUCAGGACCUUCUUAACAAACUCCUUCGGCACCUUCAAAUAUCUCUCAGAAGCCAUGGCCAGGGGUCUUCAUCACCAAGCUCCAGAGAACCUCGAAUCUUCUGAAGACCUUGAAAAUCCCGAAAUUUACCAAAUCGACUUCGAGGCGGAACAAAGAAGACUAGAAGACCGAGCUAUUCGGGAACAGCAGAAGAGAGAAUACGAGAAAGCUCAAGAAGAAGACAGACUCAGAUUCUUGAAACGGAAGGAAGAGGAGCACAAGGAGAAGCUGAAGCAGCAAGAAGCAGAGAAUCUAGCGCAAAAGAAGAAGGACGAACUCCCUUCAGAGCCAUCUGAAGGGACAAUUAUUAAGUUUAGAGAGCCUGAGAAUGGGAAGACUUUUAUUAGAAAGUUUAAUCCUUCAGACACUGUGAGUAUUCUUUAUGAUUAUGUGCAAUCUAAAUUGGAUGAGAUUGAAUUUGAGGAGGAUACAGUUCUUUUUGAGAUAGGAGUAAUUGAAGGGGGAUUCAAAGUUUUGGAAGAUAGAGAGAAAACACUUGAGCAAGAAGGCUUAUGUCCCUCAGCUACCUUGCAUAUCAGAGAAGUUGGAAGAGAGGAAGAAAGUGAAGAAGAAGACUAA